CAACAAGAUGGCCGCGGUGGCAGCUCCGCACCUCAGCGCGACGGCCCCGGGAGCCGCAGCCGCCGCCGCCGGCCCUACCGCCGCGCAGCCCUGAGCGCCGCCCAGGCCGCCCCCGCCGCCCCCUGACAGGGCCGCCUCCGCGCCCGCCGCGCUCCCGUCGCAGCCGCAGCGGGCCUGCCCGAGCCGGAGGCGGAGGGAGUGGAGCGGCCCCGCGCCCAGCCGCCCGCAGCCGCCGCCGUCGCCGCCUCGGACCCGGGCAGCGCCAGAGCCGCGUCCCGCCAGCGCGAGGAGGAGGCGCGUCGCGGCGUUGCCGGGGCCGGACCUGGACCUGCCGGGACGCGCCGCCGCCCACCCGCCCGCGCCGCCGCCGCCCGCGUCGGGACCUGAGCCCGCGGCGCCGGCGCUGAGCGGGCCCCAGCCGCCCGAGCGUCCCCGAGGCCACCCGGUUGUUUGUGUCGCCGCCGCCAGGCCCGCGCCGCCGGAGCCCCGCGGAGCCGCCGCCGCCGCCGGGGACGGAGCCCAGGGAGAAAGAACAAGAAACACAAGAAGAGGAACGUUUGAUGGAAGAAAAGAAAAAGAAAAAGCAGGAAGAAAAGAAAAAGAAGGAAGGUGCUCAGAAAAAGGCUGCUGAUCAAAAAACCAAAGUGCCAGAACCUACUAAGACCUGUUCAAGCCAGCCCCAGCCUGCCGGUACCAGUACCAGUGCUUCCACCAGCACCAUCCCCAGCAGCAGCAAUGGCAAGCGUGCGCCUGCCGGUGGCCAGCAGCCAGCUGCGCCCCGUUACCUGCCUCGCGAGGUGCCUCCACGCUUCCGCCAGCAAGAACAGAAGCAGCUAUUAAAGAGAGGUCAGCCAUUGCCUGCAGGGACUCUAACUAGUGUGAGCCCAACCCAGGGUGCUGGGCCUGCAGGGGUGAGCCCUCCUCCCCCGCCUGGAGCUGGAGCACUGCAUCAUCCCAGUAAACUCCAACCAGAUCUCAAUCACAGUGGAUUGGCAGAUCAUUAUGAAAAUUCCCACUGGGGACAGCAGCCCACUUACAGAAGUGAAGCCACCUGCAGCUGGGAUCAAGUGAUAAUAGACAGGACUGACAAGGAGGCGUGGCCUUCCAUCACGGGACCCGAGACGGAGCCUGCCUCAGAAUGUACUACAGACACUGACUCUGCCUCCAACUGUGGCUCAGAGAACAGUAGCAUGGCUACAGGGAGUGCCCAGGGCAACUUUACUGGACAUACCAAGAAGACAAAUGGCAAUAAUGGCACCAACGGCGCACUCAUCCAAAGCCCUUCCAACCAGAGUGCCCUUGGAGCGGGGGGAGCAAGUGGUAAUGGGGGUGCGGCCAGAGUUUGGGGUAUAGCCACAGGCUCCAGCUCUGGCCUGACUCACUGCUCUGUUGGUGGCAGUGAUGGAAAGAUGGACAACAUGAUUGGAGAUGGGAGAAGUCAGAACUGCUGGGGAGCUUCCAACUCCAAUGCUGGCAUUAAUCUUAACCUUAACCCUAAUGCCAACCCAGCCGCCUGGCCCGUGCUGGGACAUGAAGGAACCGUGGCGACAGGCACCCCUUCCAGUAUUUGCAGUCCAGUCAGUGCCAUAGGCAACCAGAAUGGAAACCCACCAGGCACUUUAGGUGCUUGGGGAAACUUGCUGCCGCAAGAGAGCACAGACCCACAAACGUCCACUUCUCAGAAUGUGUCUUUCAGCGUACAACCUCAGAACCUUAACACUGAUGGACCAAAUAACACUAACCCCGUGAACUCUUCACCAAACCCUAUCAAUGCAAUGCAGACAAACGGACUGCCAAACUGGGGCAUGGCUGUUGGUAUGGGGGCCAUCAUCCCGCCCCAUCUGCAAGGCCUUCCUGGUGCUAAUGGAUCAUCAGUUUCUCAAGUCAGUGGGAGUGGUGGUGAAGGAGUCAGCAAUUCUGUGUGGGGACUGUCCCCAGGUAACUCUGCCACAGGAAAUAGCAGUUCUGGGUUCAGUCAGGGUAAUGCAGACACUGUGAACUCAGCAUUAAGUGCUAAACAAAACGGAUCCAGCAGUGCUGUGCAGAAGGAAGGAAAUGGAGGAAACGCUUGGGAUUCAGGCCCACCUGCCGGUCCUGGAAUACUUGCGUGGGGGAGGGGCAGUGGCAACAGUAGUGUAGGUAAUGUCCAUUCAGGAGCAUGGGGCCACCCUAGCCGGAGCACCUCCAAUGGUGUGAAUGGGGAGUGGGGAAAGCCCCCAAACCAGCAUUCCAAUAGUGACAUCAGUGGGAAAGGAUCGACAGGGUGGGAGAGUCCCAGUGCCACCAGCCAGAACCCUCCUGUGCAGCCUGGCAGUGAACACUUGAACUCUUGGGCCAAAGCUGCAUCUUCUGGGACUACAGCAAGUGAAGGAAGUAGUGAUGGUUCUGGCCACAAUGAAGGAAGCACUGGGCGGGAAGGAACAGGAGAAGCCCGAAGGCGUGAUAAAGGGAUUAUAGACCAAGGGCACAUCCAAUUGCCAAGGAACGAUCUUGACCCAAGAGUUCUAUCUAAUACUGGUUGGGGACAAACUCCUGUAAAGCAAAACACUGCCUGGGAAUUUGAAGAAUCCCCUAGGUCUGAAAGAAAAAAUGACAAUGGGACAGAGGCCUGGGGUUGUGCAGCUACUCAGCCUUCAAACUCAGGGGGGAAGAACGAUGGGUCCAUCAUGAACAGUACAAAUACCUCUUCAGUAUCUGGGUGGGUCAACUCGCCACCUGCCGCUGUGCCAGCAAACACAGGUUGGGGAGACAGCAACAACAAAGCACCAAGUGGGCCAGGGGUCUGGGGGGACUCAAUAAGCUCUACUGCUGUUAGCAAUGCUGCUGCCACCAAGAGUGGCCAUGCUUGGAGUGGGACCGCAAAUCAAGAGGACAAGUCACCCACCUGGGGUGAGCCUCCAAAACCCAAAUCCCAAAACUGGGGAGACGGACAGAGAUCAAAUCCAGCCUGGGGUGCCGGAGGGGGAGAUUGGGCAGAUUCAUCAUCUGUCCUUGGACACUUGAGGGAUGGAAAAAAAAAUGGAUCUGGAUGGGAUGCAGACAGUAAUAGAUCAGGGUCUGGUUGGAGUGAUGCCACAAGAUCUGGGACCAGCAGCUGGGGUAAUGGCACAAGUGCAAAGGGCAAUCCAGGCACAAACUGGGGGGAGUCUUUAAAACCUGGUCCCCAGCAGAACUGGGCUAACAAACCCCAUGAUAACAAUGUGAGUAACUGGGGAGGAGCUGCUUCUGUGAAACAGACAGGAGCGGGGUGGGCAGGGGGACCGGCACCUCUCAGACAGAAGGACAGCAGCGAGGCGACCGGCUGGGAAGAGCCCUCUCCACCAUCCAUCCGACGCAAAAUGGAAAUUGAUGAUGGUACCUCAGCUUGGGGGGACCCAAGCAACUAUAACAAUAAAACUGUAAACAUGUGGGAUAGAAACAACCCGGUCAUCCAGAGCAGCAGCACGACCAGCACCACCACCACCACCACCACCACCACAAGCAGCACCACACACAGGGGCGACACACCACCCCCACACCAGGCCAGUGCACAGCUGAGUCGAUCACCAUUGCUCGGUCCAGGUAUGAAAGUUUCAUCAGGCUGGGGAGAAAUGCCUAAUGUUCACUCAAAGGCUGAAAACUCUUGGGGAGAGCCAUCCUCCCCUUCUACCCUGGUUGACAAUGGCACAGCAGCAUGGGGGAAGCCACCCAGCAGUGGCAGCGGAUGGGGAGAUCGCCCUGCAGAACCCACUGUGCCAUUCGGAAGAGCAGGUGCACCUGCUGCUGCCCCGGCCCUGUGCAAACCAGCUUCAAAAUCUAUGCAAGAAGGCUGGGGCAGUGGUGGGGAUGAAAUGAACCUCAGUACCAGCCAGUGGGAGGAUGACGAAGGGGACGUGUGGAAUAAUGCUGCUUCCCAAGAAAGCUCCUCUUCCUGCAGCUCCUGGGGCAAUGCCCCCAAAAAAGGACUUCAAAAGGGCGUGAAGACAUCUGGCAAGCAGGACGAGGCCUGGAUCAUGAGCCGGCUGAUGAAGCAGCUCACAGACAUGGGCUUCCCGAGAGAGCCAGCUGAAGAGGCCUUGAAGAGCAGCAACAUGAAUCUCGACCAGGCCAUGAGCGCUCUGCUGGAAAAGAAGGUGGACGUGGACAAGCGUGGCCUGGGAGUGACUGACUACAACGGCAUGGUCACCAAGCCCCUCGGCUGCCGCCCACCCAUCUCCAAAGAGUCUUCCAUGGACCGUCCCACCUUUCUUGACAAGCUCACCCUUUCUUUCUCUAAUCAGGAUGGCGGCCUCGUGGAAGAGCCCACGACUUCACCGUUUUUGCCUUCCCCAAGCCUGAAGCUCCCCCUUUCAAACAGUGCACUCCCCAAUCAGGCCCUGGGUGGGAUUGCCUCAGGGCUGGGCAUGCAAAACUUGAAUUCUUCUAGACAGAUACCGAGUGGCAAUCUGAGUGUGUUUGGCAAUAGUGGAGCAGCGCAAGCCAGGACCAUGCAGCCGCCGCCACAGCCACCAGUGCAGCCUCUUAAUUCCUCCCAGCCCAGUCUCCGUGCUCAAGUGCCUCAGUUUCUAUCCCCUCAGGUUCAAGCACAGCUUUUGCAGUUUGCAGCAAAAAACAUUGGUCUCAACCCUGCACUAUUAACCUCGCCAAUUAAUCCUCAGCAUAUGACGAUGUUGAACCAGCUCUAUCAGCUGCAGCUGGCAUACCAACGUUUACAAAUCCAGCAGCAGAUGCUACAGGCCCAGCGUAAUGUUUCCGGACCCAUGAGACAACAGGAGCAACAAGUCGCGCGCACAAUCACCAAUCUGCAGCAGCAGAUCCAGCAGCACCAGCGCCAGCUGGCCCAGGCCCUGCUCGUGAAGCAGCCACCACCUCCGCCGCCACCGCCGCCGCACCUGUCUCUACACCCAUCUGCAGGCAAAUCGGCCAUGGACAGCUUCCCCCCCCACCCCCAGGCUCCUGGCCUCCCCGACCUGCAGACCAAAGAGCAGCAGUCUUCACCCAGCACCUUUGCUCCUUACCCUCUUGCUGGACUGAACCCAAACAUGAAUGUCAGCAGCAUAGACAUGACCAGUGGUUUGUCAGUGAAGGACCCAUCUCAGUCCCAGUCACGCCUCCCUCAGUGGACACACCCCAACUCCAUGGAUAACUUGUCCAGUGCUGCUUCUCCCCUGGAUCAGAACCCUGGCAAGCAUGGUGCUAUCCCUGGAGGUCUGAGCAUUGGGCCUCCAGGUAAGUCCUCCAUUGACGACUCAUAUGGCCGGUACGAUUUAAUCCAGAACAAUGAGUCACCAGCCAGUCCUCCUGUAGCUGUUCCCCAUAGCUGGUCACGUGCCAAAUCUGACAGUGAUAAAAUCUCAAAUGGCUCCAGCAUCAACUGGCCCCCAGAAUUCCACCCUGGAGUUCCAUGGAAAGGACUUCAGAAUAUCGAUCCCGAGAAUGACCCUGAUGUCACUCCUGGCAGUGUCCCCACUGGGCCUACCAUCAAUACCACCAUCCAGGAUGUCAACCGCUACCUCCUCAAGAGUGGAGGGUCCUCCCCACCGUCAUCUCAGAAUGCCACGCUGCCUUCCUCGAGUGCCUGGCCGCUCAGUGCCUCCGGCUACAGUAGCUCUUUCAGCAGCAUCGCAUCCGCACCUAGUGUUUCAGGUAAACUGUCAGACAUUAAAUCGACAUGGUCCUCGGGCCCAGCCUCCCACACACAAGCCUCUCUAUCUCACGAACUGUGGAAGGUGCCCAGAAACACUACUGCACCCACGAGGCCACCUCCAGGGUUAGCCAACCCCAAGCCUUCCUCCACCUGGGGUGCCAGCCCCCUCGGCUGGACCAGCUCCUACUCCUCGGGUUCUGCUUGGAGCACCGACACCUCAGGAAGGACCAGCAGCUGGCUCGUUCUUCGAAACCUCACUCCCCAGAUCGAUGGUUCUACACUGCGGACGUUGUGUUUGCAACAUGGGCCUCUCAUCACAUUCCACCUGAAUCUGACUCAAGGCAACGCUGUGGUCCGGUACAGCUCCAAGGAGGAAGCUGCCAAGGCCCAGAAGUCUCUGCACAUGUGUGUCCUGGGAAACACUACCAUCCUGGCCGAGUUUGCUGGUGAAGAAGAAGUGAAUCGGUUCUUAGCCCAAGGCCAAGCACUGCCACCCACCUCUAGCUGGCAGUCCAGCAGUGCCUCCAGCCAGCCCCGGCUGGGGGCCUCGGGCAGCUCCCACGGCCUGGUGCGCGGCGAUGCUGGCCACUGGAGUGCCCCAUGCCUGGGAGGCAAGGGGGGUAGCGAGCUGCUAUGGGGCGGGGGGCCCCAGUACUCAAGCAGCCUGUGGGGCCCGCCCAGUGCCGAUGAUGGCAGGGUGAUUGGCAGUCCCACCCCGCUGACCACUCUGCUGCCUGGGGACCUGCUCAGCGGGGAGUCCCUCUAGGAGCCACAAUCAUCCGCACCAGGAGAGAGCUGGCCCUUUCCAGCCAUGGUGGCGCAGCCCUGCUGGACUCGAGCUGGGGCCCCUUUGAGUACCUCUGUCUAGUACUGAAGACGAACCUUGGCCGCAGUCCUUGUGAACUGUUCACGCAACAGUGCGGGCUGCGUUUGGUCAGUGUCACAUGCUAACGACAGGAUGUUCCUCAUAGCUUUUUAUUUUGUGUCUUAUGUUUGUAUGGUGUGUUGUCAUUUUGAUUUUUUUAAGUAUAAAAGCUGCUUAGAAUAGUUGUAUCAUGAAGGGCACUUUUCAGAUUGUGGGCUGGAAAGGGUUAUUUUAUCAUGGGAGGGAGGGAGGGAGACAUGAAGCCUAUUUAAAAUGAGCCUGUGAUGAUUAUGCACAUUACCAGAGGCGGCCGGGCAUCGGGCAGAGUCUGGCGUGGACCGCCGGGCGCAGAGCGUGGCUCCCCAGGCGGGAGCACAGCGAAGGGGCGGUCUGUGACCUGCUCUCUGCUCGCCCGCAUCCGCCUAUGCACAUUACCCUUGUUUCAUUACUUUUUCAUGUCAUUUUUUUUUAUCCCAAAAAAAAUAUUUUUUAAAAGUUAAGAAAAAAGACAUAUCAAACAUGCAAAUACUUGAAUCCAGCAGGCCAAUAAUGAAAUGUGAACACUUUCUAAGUCUAAUUCUACACUUCCAGGUUGACAUCAGUACACAGAAACAGGCUCUAGGAAAAUUUCUAAGUUCAUUGCCUAUGUGUGUGUGUUGAAAUAGAACUCUGUGUGUGUGUGUGUGUGUGCGCGCGCACACGUGCGCGCACGAUGUGUGCUUCUGCACAGCGCACAUUCUGUGUUGGUGUGUUUGAAAGCGUGUGAGGGAUUUAACUGUGGGUUUCCCUUUUAUUCAGUAUAUGCUUCUUUUUGGCGCAUUGGUCAAAUGUUUGUUAUUAUUAUUAGCUUCUAACUUUGCACUGAGUGUCCCUGCCCUCCCUUCAGCUAAUCCUAUAGUUAAAGAGAAUUCAUAGGACAGGGCUGGUGACAAUUCAUGUGUAAAUGUUUACUCAAGGACUCUGUUAUUGCGUUUAAAAAUUACAGUGUAUAUCUCUGGAGAAAUAAUAUGUAUACCUACCUUUAGCAGCUUUUUAUUGUGGACUAAUGCAAGAAAAUUAUUACCAGAGUAUUGCACCAGUUUUCAAUUUGGAAUAUAAAGUUAAAGAGAAAAAAAACUGUUGUUGAACUGUGGCCAUAGAUACUUGUAAAGAAUGGAUGGUUCCUCGGAAGGAACAGAAACAAGCACUUGGACAUGGGUUGUGACUGCUUUUGGAGGAGUCCAUGGUUUGGGCUCCCACCUGUUUACAGACCUUUUUUCUUCUUCAGACUUUAAAUUAAAAAAAAAAAAAAAAUUAAAAAGGAAUUAAAAAAAAAAAA